AGUAGCACUGGCACUAAUUUUCGGACGCAAAUCCGGAGACGAACACGGGGGACCCUUGGCCGCCUCGCGUCCCGCUCCACCCAUAAAUCCUUCGCCGCGCCCCGCCUCUGUCACACUUCCUUCACUCCGUCAUUUGUCUUCUUCUCCUUGCCUCUGAGGCAGCUGCGCCGCUGCGCGUGUUUAUAGCUGUCUCCUCCUCACCCCUCUCUAUACGCGCAAACAGCACUCCGCAGCACCGAGAGAUCGCCGCUGCACCGGAGAUGAGAUGAAAGGAGCAGUCUUUGUGGCGCUCCUUGCCGCCGCCGCCGCCGCCGUCUUAGCCGGCGGGGCGGCGGCGGCCGAGGAGUUCUUCGGCGGCGAGGGGCGGCCGGCGGCGGUGGAGGUGGACCCGUCGUGGCGGUUCCCGAGCCGGCGGCUGCGGGACGCGUACGUCGCGCUGCAGACGUGGAAGCGGCAGGCCAUCUUCUCCGACCCCAAGAACCUCACCGCCGACUGGGUGGGCCCGGGGGUCUGCAACUACACCGGUGUCUUCUGCGCGCCGCUGCCGUGGGACCGCCGCGCGCUCGCCGUCGCCGGCGUCGACCUCAACCACGGCGACAUCGCGGGCUACCUCCCGCCGGAGCUCGGUCUCCUCGCCGACCUCGCGCUGCUGCACCUCAACUCCAACCGCUUCUGCGGCGUCCUCCCGCCCACUCUCCGCCGCCUCCGCCUCAUCCACGAGCUCGACCUCAGCAACAACCGAUUCGUCGGGCCGUUCCCUGACGUCGUCCUCGACCUCCCCGCGCUCCGUUUCCUCGACCUCCGCUUCAACGACUUCGAGGGCGGCGUGCCCAGCCGCCUCUUCGACAGGCCGCUCGACGCUAUCUUCCUCAACCACAACCGCCUCCGUUUCCAGCUCCCGGACAACUUCGGCAACUCGCCGGCAUCCGUCGUCGUCCUCGCGCACAACAGCUUCGGCGGAUGCCUCCCGGCGAGCAUUGCCAACAUGUCCGGCACGCUCAACGAGAUCUUGCUCAUUAACAAUGGGAUCCGGUCCUGCUUACCGCCGGAGAUCGGGCGGCUGCGGGAGGUUACGGUGUUCGACGUCAGCUUCAACGAGCUCGCCGGCCCGCUGCCGCCGGAGGUGGCAGGGAUGAGGAAGGUGGAGCAACUGAACGUCGCUCACAACCUGCUCACCGGCGCGAUACCGCAGGCGAUAUGCGAGCUGCCGCGCCUCAGGAACUUCACCUUCGCGUACAACUUCUUCACCGGCGAACCGCCGGCGUGCGCGCGGGUCGUGCCACGGGGCGGCGACCAGAGUAACUGCCUGCCCAACCGCCCUGCGCAGCGGACGCCGCAGCAGUGCGCCGCGUUCUUCGCCCGCCCACCCAUCAACUGCGCCGCGUUCCAGUGCAAGCCGUUCGUCCCGCCCCUGCCGCCGCCGCUCCCAUCCCCGCCUCCGCCUCCGCCUUCGCCACCUCCACCAUCACCACCACCGCCUUCUCCGCCUCCGCCAUCUCUACCGCCGCUUUCUCCGCCUCCGCCAUCGCCUCCGCCGCCAUCACCUCCGCCGCCUUCGCCACCGCCGCCAUCUCCGCAACCACCACCACCGCCUCCUCCUGCGCCAGUCCACCACCCACCACCAUCACCACAUCCUCCUGCGCCAGUCUACCACCCACCACCACCCCUGCCUGUUCCACAUCCAUACCCACCAUGCCCCGUUCUGCCGCCUCCGCCACCCUGCGUGCCAACAUAUCCAUUGCCUCCUCCGCCACCGUAUUACCCCGGCCCAUUGCCACCCACAGAACCUGUUCGAUAUGCAUCACCGCCGCCGCCGCAUCACCACAACCCGUGGCCAUCAGUACACCCGGUUCAAUAUGCAUCACCGCCGCCGCCUCCGCUGCAUUGAUAGAUUCUCAAAAGGAAGGAAAUUUGGAAGACACUUGGUUUUGCUCUUGCCCCUCUUCUCCGGCAAUGGACAGCAGCUGCCAGAUUCACCAAUGUACGUGGUCAUUGUCAUGCUUAGCUAAUAGUGGUCCGCCCGUUGGUGCUGAAAGGGAUUGAAUUGAAGGUGAUGGGUGGUGCUUUGGAGCAUUUGGGCUGUGGAUUGGCGGCUAAUUGGUUGUGAAUAAUAAGAGUGGUUGAGAGGGACAGGAGGAUUUGGGAGAGGAUUGUAGGUGCAGUGACAUAUGUGGGUGUAUAGUUCAGUUCAGUUAAGUUCAGUCAGACAAAGUUUAGAACAACAAAUUCGAGUGCUAUUUAUUUCUUUUGUAUCACAGCUAUUAUCGGUUAUUCUAUUCUUAUAGUAUUAUUUAGUUCGAAUUUA